GUCGCAGUGAGUCAGUCACUUUUGACCAAAUUGAAGUUGCUUGUUUCUAACACUCGUCAGUAGGGUCUCAUCACUUAUUUACAUCACAUCAAAUAUGAAGCAAUUUUUAAUAUUUUAUUGCAUUUUUAUAUGCAGUAAUGCAUUGAAUUUGGAAUUUAUCAUGCCUGAUGAAGUAGAGCAAAUAAGAGAAAGAGUACCAGGUUAUUAUCCAAAUACACGAAAUAUGGAAUAUUUGAAUCCAGUGUACAAUGGAAGACUCUAUGUUGAUAUUAAAAGUGUUAUUUCACAUGGUGUCGUUCAAUUCGCCUUAAAAAUUGAUGAUGUAAUGUCUACAAUGAGUAAGAAUUUAAUAAAUGGCGACAACGAGAAUAUUGUUUUUUCACCAGUAUGUCUGGCUGGAAAUUUGGCUCUUAUUAUGUUAGCAUCAAAGGGACAAACAUUUUAUGAAAUUUCACGAACUCUUGGUUUACAAUUAAAUACCUAUGAAUUAUCUUCAAUUUAUUAUAGCGAUAUUCACAAAAUAUUUGGUCAAUUAUUAGAAAUAAUUAAUAAAGAUAGUGAAAAUUAUCAAAUUAAUUAUGCAAAUGGAAUUUUCAUUCAGGAAGGAUAUAGAAUGACAAAUAAUUUUCGUGAUAAAAGUAGAAAAUUUUAUAAAACCGAUAUCUAUGCUUUGAAUUUUACAAAUAGUCAAAAAUCAAAGGAAAUUGUAAACAAAUGGAUUAAUUAUAAAACUAAUGGAAAAAUUCCCCAAAUUUUAACUGAUGAACUCAAUCGAAAUGCGCAAAUUAUUUUUGCAUCUGCAUUAUAUUUUAAUGCAGAAUGGACAUAUCCAUUUUCUGAUUCAUCAACAAGAAGAGGCUAUUUUAAAAUUGAACCAAAUCAAUUUAUAAAUAUUGAUUUAAUGUUCACGUCAAACGAAUUUCCCUAUUAUCAAAGCAAAGAAUUGGGUGUUAAAAUAAUUGGAUUACCAUACAAAAAUUCAAAUACGACAAUGUAUGCAUUACUUCCAAAAGUCGAAGGAGCAAUGGCUUUAAAGAAAUUUAAGAAAAUUUUAAAUCCAUCAAUUUUAGAGGAUUUAAUUCGUAAAAUGAAGAGUCAAGAAUGUAUUGUUGCAUUUCCAAAAAUGAAACUAACAAGUGUUUUGCAUUUAAAAGAAACAUUACAAUCACUUGGAAUGAAAACUUUAUUCGAAGAGGCUGAUUUAAAUUAUGGUUUUACUUCAUUAAAUAAUAAUCAAACUAAAUAUUCAAAAUUAGUCGUCGAAGAUGUUUUGCACAGUGUUGAAAUAAAUAUUAAUGAAAAAGGAACUGAAGCAUCAGCCGCAACUGUUGCCUUGGCAAUUGAAAGAAUGAACGAUAAACCAAAAUUCAUUGCUAACAGACCAUUCAUCUUUUUUAUACGACACAAUAUUACUAAAUUAAUAUUAUUUUGGGGUACCAUCAAUAAACCAACGCCAAAUUACGAAAUGGACAAUGAUCGCUAAAUAUAGAUUUUAAUUAAUAUAAAAAAAAAUUAAUUAAAAAAUUAUUUGACUCAAAUAAUCGAUUAUUUAUAUUAAUUUUUUUUUUCAAUCUAGAUUUUUCAAUUAAAUAUAACUAAAUACUCAAUAUAAAAAAUUCAUAACUGUUCAUUAUUUUUAAGAUUCAAACUGAAUUCUCUGAUAUUUCAUUUACAGUGACAGUUAGUCAAUUUAAUAUAGAAAUUAAAUUAAUUAAUCAGAAACUAUUGUAUAAAUAUCGAUUCAAUUAAUUCA